AUGUCAGGCUGGGAUCAGUAUAUAACAAAUUUAACAAGCCAAGGCAUAACCCAUGCUGCAAUAUUCGGUGCCGAUGGAUCUCGAUGGGCUGCAUCUCCAAAUUUUCCGAACAUUAAUAAUCUUAAAGAAGACUUGCCGAAAGCUUUUUCUUCAAAACCAGAAGGCAUCGUAGUUAAUGGUGAAAAAUAUAUUUUUAUUCGUAGUGCAGAAAAUUUUGCUAUCCUUCGUAAAAGUGCCGAUGCAAUGGUUAUUGUGAAAUUGAAUCAAGCUUAUAUUGUCUCAAUUGGUAUCAAUCAAAAACCUGAAUUGAUAAUUGGACCAACGAGUAAGAUGGGUGAAUAUUUGAAAAAUUGUGGCUUUUAA